GCUGUGCUUUGCAUGUACAUCACAGGUGUUACUGAAACAGAGUGAAUCCAGCAGCUCUGUGUUUGAUCCUCCAUCAGCUCUUCACUGUAAUCCAGAUCUCCUAACAUGAUGCUCUGCUCCGGACUCAGCAGCACACUGUUGCUGGCAGCAACCUGUUCACUCAUCACUUCAGGCUUUAUCAGAGCUCAAGUUUCUCCUCCUGUGACCCCCAUAUCCACAGGGAGAGUGGUCACCUCUAACGGCCUCAGUGUUCCUCGCCUGAGCUGUGUGGGUGGAAUGAUCAUUGUGAGGUCAGCUGAGUACAGAUGUGGAGGUGAAGUAAUCUGCUCUCACGGUGACGCUGUGAACAACGUGAGGAACAGCUGUGAUGGAAAAACCGAGUGUGACAUAAAGUCAAACAUUACUUAUGAUCCUGGAGUCUGCAAAUACCUGGAGACCACCUACGACUGCUUCCCACGCCAAAGUGUAAUAUGUGGAGGAUCUCAGGCAAACCUUCAGUGUGCUCCUUCCUGCCCUGCUGGUUGGACUCGGUUUGGAGGUCGCUGUUUCAUCUUUAACAGCAGCAUGAAGACCUGGACUGAUGCUGAGUGUUCCUGUCAGACACUCGGUGGAAAUCUGGCCUCAUACCACAGCACAGCUGAGUACACCUUCAUCAGAGAGCUCACUCGCACAGCAGCAGGGUCGUAUCUGACAGCUUGGGUUGGAGGCAACGACAGAGAGAAUGAAACUGUGUGGAAGUGGAGUGAUGGUUCCCAGUUUGACUUCACAAACUGGGGUAAUGGAGAACCUGACAACUCUGGAGGAGGUCAAGAUUGUAUGGAGAUAAACUUUAAUGGACGAGAUUAUGUCAACGACCAAAGAUGUAACUCACAGAGAGGGUUUGUUUGUGUCAGAGACACAAACUGCUCCUUCGUGUCCUGACACGUCUGACAUGAUGAUGUCACAGCCUCACUGCUGAUGUCACUUCCAGCAGGAUGUCAAGCCUCGAUGACAUCACUGCUGGAUUCUGUUGAUAAAUAUGAUUUCAUAUCACAAUAAACAGGAAAAUAAAUUCAAUAAAAUUUAAAGGAACUGAAAUGUUGACCUGAAAGUGAGUCAUUCAUGCUUCAAAUCAUCAUCUGAUCAUUUUAAUAAACCUCAAAAUGCU